CCGACCCAAGAGCUCCGCUAUCGACUACAGAGACACUUCCACACAAUGGCCGACUCGAUCAUGACGCUGCUGGAGCAGAACCCGACCACGGGCAUCGCCGUCGGCGGCGCGCUGGUGGCCGCCGCCGUGGGCCUCACCGCGGCCAAGGCGCUGAGUGGCGGCAGCAAGGCGGCGCCCGAGGCCGCGGCCGCCCCCAAGAAGAAGAAGAGCAAGAGCAAGGCCAAGAAGAAGACGCCCAGCGCCGCCCCCGCCGACAAGGAGAACUCGUCCCCCGAGAUCAACCUCGAGGAGUUCGUGGACGACGGUCCGGACUCGGAGGAGGAGGAGGCCAUCCGCGCCGAGAAGCGCAAGCUCAAGCUCAAGCAGAAGAAGAAGAACGCCAAGGCCAAGCAGCGCGCGGCCGCCAGCGCCAGCUCCUCGGGCAAGCCCGCGGUGGACACGGACAAGGAGAAGGAGAAGAAGAAGGCGGCCGCCGCUGCCGCCAAGAAGGACGCCGAGGAGGGCUGGGAGACGGUCGUCAACAAGAAGAAGACCACCAAGCCCAAGCAGCAGUAGACGCUCCAACAACACACGACAUGACGACGCGGUCUCGAACGGCGCCGGCAUACGGAUA